UAUGUGUAUGGCUGCACUUCUAACAGCUAUGAGUUAAUAGAUCCCAUAUCUGGUAUGGCGUGUUGUAUCUGGUUUUAUGAUUAUUCUGUGCAUCAAACAAUUCAACCUCUCCUACUUUAUAAGUAUACGGAGUAGUUAGAGAACGUUUCCCCUCCUUGAGAAUGACAAAAUGGUCUGCAUACCACCACUGAUAUUGUCUUCAGGCCUGUCAGCAUCAAACAUGCAGGCCCUGAUUUCAUAGCAUUGUUAUAAUAAUUGCUGCUGCGCAUCCUAUUAUGGAUAGUACAUACAUGCCCCUGUUAUAACACGCUCUGCUCUACUCCUCACCCCCUUUUAUCUGCAAACUCACCCCCCACCUGCCAGUCCCAUUGCCUGAAAGUGCCUAUCAUAAGGAAAAGAACGAUUCAGCAACUCCGCUGUAACCUCCUACGUCGCCUUUCGUUGUCAUUCGCGCCGUCAACGGCCCCAGGCAGGCCCCUCCGCUAGAGGCGACAAUAUAUUCCCCGCCAGCCACGGGAAAUAAACAUUCUCUACUCCAAACGGCACGAAAUGCACUUCAGGAGUUGCCAAACUGACGUGAAGGCGUUGGCGGCGGACUGCAAUAUUGGACGAUGGGUGUUUGGAUUCCGUAGUGUGAGAACUAAGUUUACCAUCCGCUCCAUGGUCAGUCCUUAUACUCUCCUUCAAAUUGUACAUGACUUAAUUUUCCUUUCCCCGCGCCUGGUACCACCUGCUCCACUCAUCCCCAUGUCUUCAAAUUAGCCUUUUAACUCGUCCCUUCUGUUACACUGAUCUACGCAUGGCCUGGCGCGUUUUGUGAUUCGUGGAAAUGGCUUUUUUCUGCGCCUCUGGGACCUUGUAUGGGGAAUAUCAUGCACUGGUAGUGAAUCUGCCGGCUUCUCCAGCCAACUCUGAAUGGAUUCCCCCUUGUUUUGUUUCAGUGUGGAUGACAUAAUAACACAUUAUGUUUCAUUUGUCAUAAACCAAAAAUGGAGACAAGAGUGUGCAAAUCAAGCCACUGGUAGAAUGACCAGCUAUCAAGAUAUAAAAUAGCUGAUAUUUUUUCCAUACCCCUUUUCGUUUUUAGUGCACAAGAAAAUUAGGCUCCUAGGACCAGGAGUAAACAUGGAGCAAAAUAGAUUCUUGGAGAUAUUCCUCGUCAUAGGUUAAGUCUCAAGAAAAGAGAGAAAGGGCUGUUCUCUACUAGAGAUAUGAAUUAGCUAUUAUCUUGGAGAAGUAGAAACUGCCUCUGCGAUGAUGUCAUCUGAUGCCAAGAUUUCUGUUAAGCAUUAGCGUUCAGAACAUUCAAUCAAAGGUAACUAUCGCAGUGGCGUGGAAUCUAUACCCAUGGAUAUAUAUACUACAUUGUUGCAGGUGUAUAACGAGAUAGAAAAUGUUAUUUUCGAGAUACGGGCCUAGACCGUCCUCUCCGAGAUGCAGGCCAAGGCCACCACUACCACUAAGAAUUUAAGCUGUAACUCUGUUAAGUAUUUACAUUUCCUCUCUUAACUAGAGUUUUAAGGGGGGGGGUUGUUAAUGCCUGUUGCACCUGAAUAAACCAGCUACUGUUUAACUAAAGCUAGUCUAAGUCUCCUGCUCUCGAAUGAAGAUCCUUGAAUGUAGUUAAAUAUUACACAGACGAGAGAGGAAAGCAGCCUUUUGAUAAGCUCGGGAACCCGAGCCGUCGCUCUUCAUCGCUGGAGGACUUGCGACGAUGCAGGCCCACUCCCCUCUCCCCUCCGUAGAACCACUGCUGUACAUAGAAUACUGUAUGUGCACACACGACGAUCGGCAGCUUUCCUCGAAAUCUGCGUAUUUUGUCUUUCCUCUUCUGUUAGAGGGCUUCACCGAUCAUCGACGUAUGUACACAGUAUGCCUGGCGCGGGAAGCGGGCGAAUAGGAACGGAAUAGGGUUUCCAAAAUUCAACACUAGGUCCCAUGAGCAACCAGCUCACCGUCGCUCGGCUCAAAAGCCGGGUCAUCUUCCUAUUCUUAUGAACAUCAUCAGUUUUGAACAAAAGUGCCCCAAGUUCAUUUUAUUUCUACCUCGUAACAUACCCGGUGCAGCAUGUAUAGAUGUGGCUCGAAUGAGAGACAUAAUUCCCGUCCUGAGAGCUGUGGCAUGUGUUCCUCCUCUGGGUGAAUUCUGACUGGCACGCAUCGUGAAUACCUGGGAAUCCAUCCAAGGCCAACAGUUUGCCUGGAGAGUCGCUUCCGCUGUUGCGCUAGUUCGUUGACGGGUUACAUGGCAGCUGCCACAUUCAUCGGCUCCGGUCCCAGGAACGCACGGUGAAAUCUCCGCUGCAGUCACUUGAGAAUUAGCACAAAGCUAUACACUGCGACAGACAACACAGCAGCAAGGUCGAAUAAAUAAUACCCUAGGUACACCUCUUCACCCUUGUCCCGCUCCGUGUGUUGCUCCUGUUUCCCUCCUAAAGACUUUCCUCCUCCUCCUCCUCUUGAAGACACUCGUUUUUCUCUCCUUUUCUCCCUAACCUCUCACACCCUAGACUUCUUUUUUCAAACCACAAGCUCCUUUCAUUACAUUCAAGCCGCUCAUUUUCUGCUGCGGACUGUCUUCCUAGCAGUGUGCCAUUGAACUGUGGGUAAUAAAUAGUUUAAAAGACAAUUUUUCUCUCAUCUCUGCUUUGUUGCUGAAACUUGUCACAAAAUGUCUACCACUCUCUCCUGGCAAGAUCCACCACUUGCAUCUUCUAUUCCAACCAUUACCCUAUUCACUCUCGUGGCGCUCUGCCUGGCUACAUUUGCCCGAAAGGUCCGGAAGGGAUAUCAUGAUUUCCUUGCGCUUGGGCCUGGUGGGACCCCAUCCACUCCUGCUGGCUAUCUUCGCAUCUGCGUCUUGCGCAUCUUUACCUUGCGUAAUCCCCUGAACCCUCCCCAUAUCCCAUCAUACAUUCAUCCACAAAGCGGGAUCCUCAAUGACCUACCCAAGCGAAUCGGCAGCCGCCCAGAAGUUGUUGGGAUUGCUCCGCAGCGGCAGAUGACUGACCGGGGCCCGAAGGCCAUAUAUGCCGCCUUGACCGCAACAAUUAAAGAGCUAUCUCUCCGGCACCCAGACAGCUUAUUCCUGGGGGUCUCCCGCUUCGAAAAACACAACACGGGCCUCUUCUCCCUUCCUAGAUGCCAAAGCCACCUGACAUGCAACGGCGAAAUCUGCCAUUCCCAUGCGUACGACGGUAGCAUGCACCUCACCCUCCACCCAGCAGACGUCAAAACCAUCAUCGAAAAAGGCUGGGGUGAGCGCCACCCCUUAGCUCGGGAAAGCUGGUGGUGGAGAUUCCGGUUCGUCCCGCCCACUUUCGUCCUAAUCUACUCCCCGCGCACCGUGGAAGAACUACGCUGCGUGACUCAGAUCAUCUACGCCGCGUCGUGGUGGAUUAGCGGGAUUGAUUUACGCAAAUUCGACCCGAACAACGGCAUCACACCAGCAACGGUUCAUGAGCAGGAAUACCAGCAGCGGCAGAAGCAGCAGCAGGAGAGCAGUGAAGCGGAAAGUGACGGUGUGAGAACAGACCAGGUAUGGUCCUCCUACUCUACUGAGCUUAACGCAAAUGCAAGUCAGGCUUCAGCUUCAGGAUCCGCGACGUGCGACAUGCCCGGGUUUCCCAUGGGAGGGGCAUGAACCAGAGCAACCGCGAAAAUGGUAUUUAUUUUCUUCUCCCCACCCCAGGUUCAGUCUGGGGGAGGGUAAACCUCAUAUUUCGCCUAGAGUGUAGACACAAAGGAAAAUGAUGGCUCAGCAUAUAAUUUAUUGUCAUUGGUUUGUCUUUCAUCUCACCCUCUAUAGAAAUGAGAUGGACACCGCGCAGCCAACACAAGACAACUCUGGAACAACACUCAACACUCAAGUGCCCCCUACACUCAUUGAAAGAACAAAAUACCAAGUGCUAAGUUGUUUCAAUCUUUUUUCUUAUUUGUUUUCCAGCUAGGACAGCGUGCGCGAAAGUCUCCUAGCAGCAACAAGUUUAUAAAAGAAAUUAAUGACUCCCUCCAAUUCAAUCAGCAGUAGUGUAAAUUGGAGAAAAACGCUCUUCUGCUAUUUAAAAUGCUGGUAGGCGCUUUUCCCUUCUUUUUUACUCCAUUGUCUCUUUCUGUGUUUCGCAAAUUCUUCAUACAAUCUUCAACGAUUUCUUUAAUCUUCCCUCCCCCCCCCCUCUAAUUCUGCUUCCCAUUUUUUUCCCGCUGGCACUAAGCUUGUUAACCCCCGCCUGUUUCCCCUCUUCCAGGUGGGUUUCUUCUUCUUUUGUUCUAUUGUUUUAAAUGAGAAUGGGGCGUCUGGAAAGGCUCUUUACGGUGGCUAAUAUCUUUUUCUUUUUGUUGUGCGUUUCUUAAUUGUUUAGAGGAUGGCUGGAUGGAUGGACGGAUGGAUGAAUCAGGAAAUACCCUCUCACGCCCACUCCGUGUUUUGGGAUUUUCUUGCCCCCUUUUCUGCCUUUUAAUCUACCAUUUUUAUUUUGUCCGUUUGUCAAUGUUUUAGUUAAGUCAAUGAAUGGGAAUAAUUUAACGUGGGAAAUUGCAAUUGAAAAUCGAAAGCAAAA